GCUUUGUUUUUCUAUAGAACUUUUCUCCUUCAAUUAGAUUCUUUCUUCACUUUUCACUCACCAAACUUCACCUCUGGAAGUUCCUCAUUGUGCCGAUCUGCUCCGAGCGACAGCCGGAGAAGGAGCUCUGCACUGCGGGUUCGUCUCUGCCGGCUCACCGAGAGCCUGGAGGUGUGUGUCAGCAGGAUGGUGGUUGACUCAUGACGUAUCCAGCGAUGGCGUCCAAGUUCUCGCAGCGCCUGCUUGGCCUCCGCGCCAAACUGCUGCGGCGCUACGAACAUGGGCCCUUCGUGCGGUGUCUGUCGGGUCUGUACGGCUGUCGCUGGAGACGCUACGAGAGGAGCAGAGGUCAGCCAGAAGAUUGCUGCUGCAGCAAGCUGGAGGGAGCGUCGUUCGCCCUGCUGGUCGCAGCUUUCUGUCUGACGCUGCUCUUCCUCUACUUCUGGGGACAAGCAGAGAACGACUACAACGACUUUGACUGGUUUAACUUUGGUCAUUUGGGGUUCUGGUUCCCCUGGUCUGUGGUUCUGCUGGUCAUCUCUGCAGGGUUCUUCACCUACGUCACUGUGCUCAUGCUUCUGGCGGUGUGUUUACUGUCUGAAGGCCAGAAGCUUCAUUUACAUUGGAGUCACAAGGUUGGGAUCCUGAUCAGCCUGAUCUUCUCCGUUGCAGCCACCGCCGUCUUAUCCGAUCUGUGGGGAGAAGAAUGGACGACUCUGCUGCUUUCCUUCCAGGUGACGGCGCCGUACCUGCAUCUCGGCGGCGUUCUGCUGAUGACAUCACUGGCCUGGCCCGUCGCUCUGCACGUCUUCCGCAUGAACAGCAGCGUGAGGCGGGGGCUGAUCGUGGGGGUUUACCUGUCCGUCCUGCUGACCCUCUACCUGGUUCCUCUGGGCUUGUACUCUCCCUGCAUCAAACAGAAAGGAACGCUGGGCCCCGCGCCGGCGCUGAUCGGUCACCGGGGGGCGCCGAUGCUCGCUCCAGAAAACACACUGAUGUCGUUCGAGAAGGCGGUGGAAGCCGGAAGCGACGGCCUGGAGACGGACGUUGCAAUAAGCUAUGAUGGCGUGCCCUUCCUGAUGCACGACCACAACUUGCAGCGCACCACCAACGUCCAGGAGGUUUUCCCAAACCGGACCGGCGACUCUGCUGCCAUGUUCACCUGGAGCGAGCUGGAGGGCCUGAAUGCCGGCUCCUGGUUCCUCUCCCAAAAUCCAUUUGGAACAGCCGGUUCGCUGCGGCAGGAGGAGCGGCAGCGAGCGGGAAACCAGUCGGUCUGCAGCCUGCAGGACUUCCUGCAGCUGGCAGGUCAGGCUCAGAAACUGGUGAUCUUUGACCUCUACCGCCCGCCCUACGGCCACCCGUACAGUAACAGCUGGAUCCAGCGAACCCUGGAUGUUCUCUACAACGUGUCGUCCAUCCAGUCAUCGCAGGUCCUGUGGCUGCCAUCCGAUCAGAGGUCCUGGGUCCACCAGUCAGAUCCCGACCUCCAGCAGACGUCCGGGACUCGACUCCCUCUAGAGGAGCUGCAGCGUAACAACAUCGUCAGACUCAAUCUGCCCUACAGCUCCAUGUCAGCUGAGCUCACCAGAGAGUAUUCAGCGGUGAACAUCAGCACCAACCUGUAUGUGAUCAGCCAGCCGUGGCUCUACUCUCUGGCCUGGUGCACUGGGGUUCACUCGGUCACUACCAACGCCCCCCAGCUGCUCCGGACCCUAAAGUCCCCGCUCCUCCUCAUGAGUCCAGAAGAAUACAACCUGAUGUGGAUUCUCACCGACGUCCUCUCCUUCAUGUUGGUUGUCGUCAUCUUCUACUUUCACAGAUGGCGGGAACGAAGACUCGCUUUCUGCUCGGACCAAGAAGUGAAGCAGGAUAACGGCAGCUGCAGGCAAAACAAACCAGAGAUGGGCGACAUCUGGUCAGUCUCCAGCUCAAACUGUCAAACAGAGAAGAUGCUCAACCUGGCAACCGUGACAGAGCCCUCUAGGCAGAGCUGAUCUGGCAACCUCUGACACUGCCAGGUUUGUCAUACUGCAACCAAAUCACGUCAAUGCCAGAAGAAAACGCCAAACUUUCUACCCAAACGUCAAAUAUUCUCAGGUUAAAUUCCGUUAGUGGUUUUUACUUUAAAGGGGCAGUAUUAUGUAAAAAGCAACUUUUUUGAGCUUUCCGUCAUGUUAUAAUAUUAUUCCC